GACAUUUCCGAAUAUUACUCCGCCUUGCAUGGGGUCGUUGUAAAGAGACUCCUUCGUCUGCAGCGAUACAUCUGUCUUAAUGGGAUGGCCCGAGUGAUCUGCGCUGCGUGGCAAAUCAAAUCGGUGUGAGUGGUACGGAAAAUUGAAAGCAUUCUGAGUGCGAUUUUAGUUUGGCCAUCACCCUGAUUUGAAAGUCAAUUUUGAGGAGAGAGUGACGCCGCUCGGAAGGGAUUCGGUUGGUAGGCUAUGGGAGACAGCAAAUCUCAUCUCUUGACUCGUGUUCCUGAUGUAGGAUGUAAGACUUCUCAUGCCAUCUAUUAUGCCAACACUUCAUUUCAAUCGUAUAGCAGCGUGUUUGUAAUACAUUCGCCAUCUGGAUUCUGUGAUAACUGCGACUGAUUAAAAAAUGGGGAGUAAUUAACAGCGAUAUACCAAUGAUUCACAGUUAUUGAGUAAUCAGAACCAGAAGCGUGGAACUAGAUGUAGUUUUGCUCGCAUUCAUUAUUUUCUUGUUGACACCUAUGUGACAAAGUCUGUCGUGUAGUAAUAAUUCAUCUUUUCUUCCUCCGUAUUAACACACCAAGAGGAAAACGUUUCAAAAAACUAUUCGGAAUGGAUCCUCGUAUUGGGCUUAUUGUUGAUGGAAUCAUCAGUGCAUGUCGAACUGGAUGGCGACGACUGGUUCGACACCGAGCCGAAGAUACUAUCCCGAUCAUCAGCUGCGAUGGCGGUCGAGACCUCGACCACACGGGCGAGGACGGAGUCAGUACUCAACGAAAGUCUUGGUUUCGUUUGGCUAGGUUAAGCGGGACGGUGUGCGGCAUCGAGUUCUGCUACGCGGCCGAAACAGCGUUUGUGUCUCCGAUCCUACUCCGAAUAGGUAUUCCACAGAGGUUCAUGACAAUGAUCUGGUGCUUGAGUCCCUUGCUAGGGUUCUUUCUCAUGCCACUCUUAGGUUCUGCAAGUGACCGCUGUUCCUCCAGACUUGGUCGAAGACGUCCUUUCAUCCUUCUUCUCUCUGCCGUUAUCUUUUUCGGUCUUCUGCUGGUACCCAACGGAUAUAGGUUAGGUCUCACAAUGUGUGGCCACCACGACUCCUCAUCAUCACAUUCAUAUGGGAAUAACUCGGGAGAAACCCCGUCAUUAAAUGGCUUCGGGACAACAGGAAAUAGUCCUCUGGAUGAAACACCUUUGGUGACACCUUCCUACUCUUACCAGAAUUCUGAACAAUCCUCCUACGGUGACAACUCUCCAACAACGGAAGGCAACUUUGAGAACCUGACUUGGGAGGCGACCACGCCCUGGGCGGAGACCGUGCAUGUGGUGGCGGGACACGCCUGUGGAGUUAUCCUGACCAUUUUGGGUGUGGCUUUCCUUGACUUCAGCUGUGACGCCUGUCAAUCACCAAGCCGAGCCUAUUUGAUUGACGUGACACACCCUUCAGACCACGCCCGUGGAUUGGCUACAUUCAGCUUUAUGGCUGGAUUUGGAGGCGCAGCGGGUUACCUCAUCGGUGGGAUACCAUGGGGUAAAAGUUCACUUUCGGCUGUCGUUGGCGCUCAUGUUAGAUAUGUAUUUGGCCUUAUCACGAUCAUCUUCGUAGUGGCUAUGAUCCUAACGGUUACCGCUGAACGAGAACAAACCCUAGCCGAGAUCAACCCUGUCGAAUCAAAACGACGUCGGAAACGAGAAGGUACCUAUGGAGGUAUGGACGAUGACGACGAGGAGGUGGAGCUCGGAGUUAUCGAACAGAGAAAGAAGAAUUAUGGCUCACAGAAGACGGACAUCGUCCAGACAACGGACGUCGUCUCCGAGGCGUCCGGAGCAAAGCCUGGGGCAGAUGAACAAUUUCCAGUUGAAACAGGGAAGGAGGAUGUACCGAAUGGCAUACAUGGCGCAAGGUCAAAGGUGAUAGAUGGGGACGAAAGCGAUGGUAAGAUGGGAAUGUAUCAGGCAUUGCCUGAGACGUCAUCUACCAAGGAAUCUGGGAAGGAUGAACCAGAAGAGAUGGCUACCAUGGGAACGUAUCUCUUGUCUAUUGUCUUCAUGCCUCCAUCUCUCCGAAUCCUUUGCUUCACGCAUCUUCUAGGUUGGAUGUCUCUACUCUGCUAUUCGCUUUAUUUUACUGAUUUCAUGGGCCAGGAGGUCUACGGUGGAGACCCGACCGCUCCUCCAGGAUCCAUGGCCAGACAGGUCUACGCCGAUGGGGUGAGGAAGGGAUCCUACGCAAUGGCUCUAUACUCCAUCACUUGUUCUAUCACAUCGCUCUGUACAGAGUGGCUUAUUAGAAAAAUAGGUGCCAAGUGGGUGUAUGUAGGUAACCAAGCGAUCUACUGUGUAAGCAUGGCUCUGAUGGCCGCUAUAAGAGCGCCUUGGGCAGCCUUCCUUUUCUCCGCUACAGCGGGUAUCGAAUACUCCACCUUAUUCACGCUACCAUUCAUUCUUCUAGCAAACUACCAUUCGACGGAUACAUUCUAUAAAACAAAGAGCGCCACCCUCGACGAAGACGAGUCAGACAACGAGGACGCUACAGGAGACAGCAGCAGUAAACGUAAAAAGCAAGACAUACGUGGGCUAGGCACCGAUGUUUCUCUCGUUCAGAGUAUGGUCUUCGUAGCUCAAUUCUUCCUCUCUCUCGGUAUGGGUAGUAUCGUCCAUGCGGUCGGUAGCACGACAGCCAUUGUCGUCGCAGCAUCCGUUCUCAGUGGACUAGGAGCUCUUGCAGCCACUCAGGUCCUGUAUGCUGGAUUAUGAUAGAGUCACGGAGCCAUCUCUUCUCUUUCUAUACUCGUUCCAUCCAAAAGAGUUUGAGAUUAGUAAUAAAUGUUUGACUUGUCGGCAUUCAAUGUUAUCUGAUUUUCAAUAAAAGCCUUUAAGAGCUUGAUAGCUUUGUCAUCCAUGACGCGGAACGUUCUGAUUUUGUUACAUCAUGCAGCCCCAUGCAGCCUUGAUUGCGUCGCCGGUUAUUUCACAACCGUUCUCCCGCCGGCAAUUUUCUGUUUUCGACUCUUCGCUGCGCGGUAAGAUUGAUGGCGCUAUGCUAAUCUAGGUACUCUUGUCAAAAUGCGGCGAGUCGUGCAAAAAGGGAAGAUUAUUCACGACGCGGAAUAUUCAUAAGAAUACGCAACUUGUAUGGGGAAAGAAGAUUCCGCGUCAUGGACUGUUGUUAUCUAAAGCUACCUAAUACCGAGCGAGCUUACGAAAGCAGGAGAAAGGGAGAAAGGACGGCGGUAGGUCCAACAAUAAGAAAAGUCAAUCACUGCAUUCUAAGGAAUUUUAUGAUUGAUAACUCCACUGGUGUCGAUCCGUGACGUCAUACUAUUCAAGUGGGGGUAUGAAACAAUAGAUCACCGCUUGAACGAUAGAUUCACAACACAAAUCGACACCCAUGGAUUAGACAACCAAGAUCGAGUGCAGUUAUAUUUUCAAAAAUUCACUAAACAAUUUGGUACAUCUGUCAUAAUAUUUGAUUAAAAAAUCCUGGUUUAACAUUUGACAGCUGGGGCCCAUUUCAUAAGGCUGUUCGUAAGUUACGAAUGACUUUACGCACAACUGGACCUGGUAACCCUUUCUUGUGCUAUAUGGUAUAUCCCUGUAUGACUGACUUACGCAUAAGAACAUGUUCCAGUCGUUCGUAAAGUUGUGCGUAACUUUACGAACAGCUUUAUGAAACGCUAUCACGGGCACACUGCCCUUUUUGGCAAAAAAAGUAAUCAGAAGUAUUCACAUAUGAAGACAUUUAUUUCUAACUACAUGUACAUGUAUGUCUUUAUAUCAUCUGGGGACCGUUUCAUCAACAUUUUUG